AUGGCCGCGACGCUGCCGCAAGACGUCCUCGAGCUCAUUUUCGACUACCUGGACCCGCUGCCCUUCACCCAAGCGCACAAGCCACUCAGCGACCUCUGCCUCGUCUCCCGCUCGUUCCUGCCAGUCGCCCGCCGCCGUCUUUACAAGCAACCGCUUCCCAGUCUCCGUCGCGGAGCUUCCAAUCGCGCUCAGCGCGCCGUAAGCCUCGUCGAGUCUCUUCAAGCCGAUAACAAUUACCUGGGCGGCCUCGUAAGGGACCUCGCAAGUCUGGCCGAUGUCUACAUGGCGCUCACGGUUGUCGAGGAUUUCAUCGACUCCCGCUCCUUCCACCAGCGCGGACAGACAAAGGCGUUCUCGUGGCUGCUCGGCAUGAUUGUGGCAUGCGGGAGCGCGCAGACGAUCUCCGUCGCAUUCGAGUCUGCCCUCCAGCUUCCAAAGCUGUUCCGGACGCUCGCAUCCUCCGACAUGACGAGUCUUUCGUUGCGCCCUCGCAAUAGCUCGGCUUCCGACGCCCUGCCUCCGCGCGCGUUGACCAGUCUUUUGACUGCACCCAAGCUGUCUGACCUCACGCUCGACCUACAUCGCGUCGACAUCGUUGCCGGCACGAAUGUCAAACCGCGACUCCCGCUGAAGCUGCAGAAGCUUUCGAUUGAGGGCGGAAAUCUGUCGUUGACGCAUGUCCUCCAGUACCUCCCGGUGGACUCGACGUUCCUGCGGGAAGUCGACUUGUCCGUUGUAGGAGCGUACUCGCAGGAUCGCCUUCUCGAAAUGGUCCGCCAUGCGCCGCAACUCACCAAGCUACGAAUGCGGCGCUCGCCUUUCCCCUACUACGCUUACUGCCGCGACAGCUACGGCACGGGAGGAGCAGCACUCGUCGUGCCCCACGACUUUUACACCCUCCUUCCCAAUCUCGAGCACCUUCAACUCCGAGGUUUCGCCGCGCUUUCGCUUCAACGCCUCUGUCUCUUCGCCGAGCAUUCGCCGAAACUUGCACAUCUCGACUUUAUGUACUCCGUCUGGAUCAAAGACGACGCGACUUCCGCCCUCUUCCCAAUCGACGCCGUCACUCACGCACUCCUCGCCUUCAAGUCUCUCAAGUACGCGCAUCUCGGAGUUGUCCCAGUUUCGGACAGUGCCAUGGCGCCGUGUAAAGCGGCGCUCGCCGGCAAGACUGACUUGGGGUGGUAUCCCCGUUACGUGCCAUGCGCCUCCUGCGGCGAGUAUCACGACUACUGA